AUGGCUUCAGGAUCUGGUGGUGGAAGUCUGUUCAGUCGGAACAAUUCGGGCAAUGUUCCGACCAUGCGAGGCCUGGUCUCGUUCAUUGCAGACCUACGAAACGCAAGAGCGAGGGAACUUGAAGAGAAGCGCAUAAACAAGGAACUGGCGAACAUACGGCAAAAGUUCAGGGAUGGCGGUCUGAACGGCUACCAAAAGAAGAAAUAUGUCUGCAAGCUGCUGUACAUAUAUAUCCUGGGCUGGAACGUCGAUUUCGGACAUCUUGAAGCGGUCAAUCUCAUCUCGGCCACGAAGUACUCGGAAAAGCAGAUCGGAUACCUCGCCGUCACCCUAUUCUUGCACGAAGAGCACGAGCUGCUACAUUUGGUCGUCAACAGCAUAAGGAAGGAUCUACUGGACCACAAUGAGCUCAACAAUUGCCUGGCAUUGCAUGCGAUUGCAAACGUGGGCGGAAAAGAGAUGGGCGAGGCGCUCAGUGGGGAUGUGCACCGGCUGCUGAUCUCACCGGCAUCGAAAGCGUUUGUGAAGAAGAAGGCCGCGCUUACCCUUUUACGGUUGUACCGGAAGUACCCAAACAUUGUAAUGAACGAAUGGGCAGAACGGAUAAUAUCGCUUAUGGACGACCCAGAUAUGGGUGUCGCCCUCUCCGUCACCUCGUUGGUCAUGGCUUUGGUUCAGGAUAAUCAGGAGCAGUACAAAGGAAGCUAUGUGAAAGCAGCGAAUAGGCUCAAGAGGGUCGUUGUUGACGGCGAGUGCGCAGAAGGGUACUACUACUACAAAGUGCCAUGUCCAUGGAUACAGGUCAAGCUGCUCAAGUUGUUGCAGUACUACCCACCACCAGAAGACUCACAUAUCCGGAAGCUCAUUCGAGAAGCAUUGCAAAAGAUUAUGGAUUCUGCGCUCGAAAUGCCAAAGAACGUACAGCAGAACAAUGCCCAAAACGCCGUGCUUUUCGAGGCUAUCAAUUUGGUCAUCCACCUCGAUACGGAACAAGAUUUGAUGGUUCAAAUCUCUACACGUUUAGGAAAAUUUAUCGCAUCUCGGGAAACGAACGUUCGAUAUUUGGGGCUAGAAGCCAUGACACAUCUAGCUGCACGUGCGGAAACACUCGAUCCUAUCAAGAAGCACCAGUCCAUCAUCAUUGGAUCGUUAAGAGAUCGGGAUAUCAGCGUGCGACGACAGGGUCUAGACCUUCUAUAUAGCAUGUGUGACACGACGAACGCCCAAGCUAUCGUCCAAGAACUCCUACGAUAUCUUCAAUCAGCCGACUACGCUAUCAGAGAAGAGAUGGUACUCAAGAUAGCGAUCUUAACGGAGAAGUACGCGACCGAUGUGCAAUGGUACGUCGAUAUAUCACUCCGACUCAUCUCCAUGGCCGGCGAUCAUGUCAGCGACGAAGUCUGGCAGCGCGUUACUCAAAUCGUGACGAACAACGAGGAGCUUCAGGUAUACGCAGCGCAAAACAUCUUACAGUACGUCAAGUCCGAUUGCCACGAAACGCUUGUCAAGAUCGGCGGAUAUCUGCUUGGGGAAUUCGGUCAUUUGAUUGCAGAUAGCAAGGGCUGCAGUCCGAUUGAGCAGUACAUGGCGCUGAACGGUAAGAUGCGAGGUUGUUCAUCGAGUACAAGAGCGAUAAUACUUUCAUGUUUCGUGAAAUUCGUGAACUUGUUCCCAGAAAUCAAGCCGCAGCUACUCCAGACCUUCCGCGCGUAUAGUCACUCGCUGGAUUCCGAAUUGCAGCAACGAGCAUGCGAAUACCUCGCGCUGGCGACACAGCCCACAGACGACCUGCUGCGAACCGUAUGCGAUGAAAUGCCGCCUUUCCCCGAAAGAACAUCAGCACUUCUAUCGCGGCUGCAUCAGAAACAUGCCACUACGAGUGACAAGCGCACUUGGGUGGUAGGUGGCAAGGACGCCAACACCGAUCUGAAGGAGCUCAGCCUCGCAAACCAGCCCACUGGAUUGAAGAGGAGUUUUACGAACGCCACACCCAAAGACAGCGCACCCAGCGCAACCAAUGGUACCAAUGGCGUAAACGCCCUUUCGAACGAUUUGGCCGGGCUCGAUAUGAGCAUUGACACGAACAAAGUUCUAAAGGCUCCGAAUCUCGCGAGCGCUGCGCAUCUCAGUCCAGACUGGGAGAUUGGAUAUUAUCGCCUAUUACUCCGGUCAGAAGGCGUGCUGUACGAAGACGCACAGAUCCAGAUCGGUCUGCGCACAGAAUACCGAGGGCAGCUUGGUUGCCUCAUUUUCUACUUCACCAACCGAUCGCCUUUCCCCAUGGGAUCCUUUACUACUACACUCGACAACAGAGCAGCCGAGACUCUUAAAACGGAUAUCAAGGGUUUGCCAGACACGACCAUCCCUCCGGAAGGUCAGACCCAACAAACGAUCAUGUUCGAGGCAAAGAACGUCUUUGAGGACCCGCCGACGAUCCGUAUAUCGUACCUCGCCGGGUCGCUCCAGGCUUUGACCCUUCAGCUACCCGUAUAUCUCCACAAGUACAUGGACGCUGCUGAGCUUAGUGGCGAGGACUUCUUCAAGAGGUGGAAACAGAUUGGUGGGGCGCCGCGCGAGGCCCAACGCAUCUUUGGUCUUGUGAACAAGAACCGCACAAUGAGCAUGGAAUUCGUGAGACGGGUGGUGCACGGCUUUAAGUGGGGCAUCCUGGACGGUGUAGAUCCAAACCCCAAGAACCUUGUUGGUGCUACAGUGUUGCAUACGACGGAUGGGAAAUUUGGGUGUCUACUUAGACUGGAGCCCAAUAUGGACACCCAGAUGUUCCGUAUCACCAUUCGCGCGACCGACGAAGGCGUCCCUCCAAUCCUCAUCAAGGCAAUGGAAGAGCGCUUGUCGCAAGGCAUCGAGGGUGUAUUGUAG